AUGCGACUGAUGGGGGCAGCCUUCGGCGGGCACCCUGCUGCGCUGGAGCCCCCCCCACCCAACCCCCCGCGGGACGCACCGCCGCCGGAGAGCCCGGAGGUCCGCCCGGGGCCUCCGCGGCGCCGGCCUCCCUUCCCACCCCCACCCCCCCCCGCACCCCGCCACCCUGUCCCUGGGGGGGAGGAGCAGCUGAUGGGAACGUGUGACUUUUUUCACCAAGGGACCCAAACCCACCCCAGCCGGGCGCAGGGUGGAGUGGGGGAGGGGCACAGGGGAGGGGGGGGAUUAAAAAAAACUUUUCUUGGCGCCCCAGGCGGGUGGCUCAAGUGCUCGCCCUCGGCGAGGGUGGCCCGCCUAAGCCGAGAGGAGACUCAGGAGCAGCCCGCCCCCGCCCCCCCUUCCUAA